AUGGCAAACAAGACUUUUGACUACGGUGACCUUAGGAUCACCAUGACGUCCAGUUACUCAUGGGUAUAUGAUGACAGUGGCAGCGGUGCCACACGAGAUGUCUCUAUCUGGACACCAAAUCCUCAAGGCGAGCUCUUUCCGCUGGGUGACUACGCCGAGGGUCGUGCUCACUAUAACCCCCUAAGCGGCAAACGAGCCACGCUCCUCGUAGGACAGAAUCCCAACACGAGCCCAUCCAAGUCUGCCGUGGCCCGCCCUAUCGAUUACACUCGCAUCUGGUCCGACACCGGCUCAGGCGCUACGAACAAUGGUGCCGUCUGGCGCCCCGUUGCCCCUGCUGGGUACGUAGCCCUAGGAGACGUCGGUAACACCAAUUACGGCAAGCCAAGCCUGGAUAAAAUGUGGUGCGUCCGCGAGGACCUCGUUGGUUAUGGUAAAUUCCUGGCGACUUCGGCCUGGGACGACAGCGCCUCAGGGGCGGACGCGGACGUAUCCCUCUGGGCCGUGCAGACAGACACCAUCGGCGUCGACGGCGCGGCCAACAUCCCCGUCAUGGCCGACACGUUCCGGGCGCAGUCGAACUACAACAGACCGGGCGGUGAGGCCGCUCGGGUCCUGCUGCUCCCCAUUGGGAAGCAGUUCGAAAAGUUUGAUAAUCCCAUGCCCACCAUCACCGCAAACAACCUGCCGCACCAGAAGCAGCCGUACGGAGAUCAGCAGCUGCAGUGCCAGGUGACUCUCCCCUUCCACUUCUACUUCAGCCCCGAGGACCAAACAAGCUUGGACAACAUCAGGAACCCGUUUCUCACCGUCAGCCGAUCUAUCUCUUGGUACACGGAGCGGGUGUGGUCGAAUGACACGCCCACUCCGCUCAAAGAGAACGUCAAGGUCGUGUACGGCGUCAGCAGCGAGAGGACGCAGGAGAUGAGCCACAGCGUCGGCGUCGAUGUCUCGGCGUCGUACGGCGUUGGGCUCGCCAGCGGGUCCGUCAGCCUCAACUACCAAUUCACCUACAACACGUCGACGUCGUUCACAGAGUACAGCGAGAAGACCAUCACCAAGGACAUCACAAUCAAGGAGUAUACCGCAACCGUGCUCUUUUCUAGGCAUGUCUGGAUCAAGUGCACGCGUCUGGACAGCCCCAUUGUCCUACACCAGAUGGAGGUUAUCGCAAAUGACGGCGAGUACUACACGAGCUGCCCCACGGCCAACAAGCCGUAA